AUAAAAGUAUAAAACAUGCCUAACACAAAAAAUUAUUCCCAACCCAACUCCCUCAACGACCAUUCCACGCAUCGCCCAACACAGCAAGCUUUCCAACUCUAAGGAAACUGAAAUUCCCAUACUGUCUCUCUCUAUCUCUCUCUCUCUCUCUCUAAGCAACCUUGUAUUCCAAACCAUUCCAAAGGCACCAUGAACACGAGAAUUGGGCUCUUAUUUGUAUUAUUGUUGGGUGCUAGCUGGGCUUCUGAUGCUAGACAACUGGAGAGUGUAAUGAUCUCUAAAAUAUCAGUUUCCACAAAUGACAAUUUGUGCACAUUGUGCGAGGAGUUUGCUUCUGAGGCAGUGGAUUACCUUGCUGAAAACAAGACCCAGACUGAGAUUAUUGAAUUGCUUCAUGUGGCUUGCUCUAGUGUAGGCGUUUUCAAACCGGAGUGCAUCACUUUGGUGGACUAUUAUGCUCCUCUCUUCUUCUUAGAGGUUUCCAAUGUACAACCUGAUGUGUUUUGCCGAAAGGUCGAUCUCUGUAAUCAAGUUGCAAGGAUUUCUUCUCAACUUCACGAAGACAGCUGUGGGCUUUGCCACCAUGCUGUUUCAGAAGUAUUAAUUAAGUUGAAAGAUCCUGACACACAGCUAGAGAUCAUUGAGUUGCUUUUGAAGGCAUGUAAUUCUAUGGAGAACUAUGUGAAAAAGUGCAAGAAGAUGGUUUUUGAAUAUGGACCUCUGAUCCUAGCCAAUGCUGAGAAAUUUCUGGAAUCGACAGACAUAUGUGUCACACUUCAUGCCUGCAAUUCGUCUAUAGAAACGAGCAAGGAACUAAAAGCAGCCAUGGUGUCUGAUUCUUAAUUAUGGCAUAACAAAUCUGGUGGAAUGACAAUGCAGUAGAGACUUGCUAUUUAUACUUUCAUUCUGAGAUGUGUGUGUAUAAUAAUACAAGGACAAAUGGUGUUUUUCAUGUACAAUAUGUGCUCAAAAAUUCAAAUGCUUGAAUGAAGAUUAUUUCAUCUUGCAAUGUGUAUAUCAUAGUUUCUAGGAGUAAUGUUCCUUACUGCAACUGAACAGUAAUAAACAUCAUAGUCUUGGUUUUGGUUU